GGUUCAGUGUACAGUAUCUGAACCGGACCACAGCGCAGCCUGGAAUCUGUGUGUAAGAGGAGCAGAUGGAAGACAAAGAGAAAAGAAAGAAGGAUCCAGACGCCUCUAAAGGCGACAGGGUCACUUUGAAGAAAGAAAUUGGACUUAUGAGCGCAUGUGCCAUAAUAAUUGGAAACAUCAUCGGAUCAGGAAUCUUCAUCUCACCCAAAGGAGUAUUGGAGCAUGCAGGCUCUGUGGGACUGUCUCUCAUUGUGUGGGUGCUGGGGGGUGGCAUCUGCGCCCUUGGAUCCAUGUGCUAUGCUGAGCUGGGUGUCACCAUUCCCAAGUCUGGAGGGGACUACUCCUACGUGACAGAGAUUUUUGGGGGGCUAGUGGGCUUCCUGUUGUUAUGGAGCGCGGUCCUGAUCAUGUACCCCACCACACUGGCUGUCAUCGCACUCACCUUCUCCAAUUACGUCCUACAGCCCGCCUUCCAGAACUGCCUCCCUCCGUUCAUCGCCACACGGCUGCUGGCCACCAUUUGCAUAUUAUUUCUGACCUGGGUGAACUGCUCCAGUGUGAGAUGGGCCACCAGAAUCCAGGAUGUGUUCACAGUGGGAAAAUUACUGGCUCUGGCCCUCAUCAUCGUAGUGGGGCUGGUGCAGAUCUGCAGAGGUUAUUAUGAUGCACUGCGGCCGAGUGUGGCCUUUGAGUUCAGUGGGGAUCCCUCUGUUGGAGAGAUAGGGCUGGCUUUCCUCCAAGCCUCUUUCGCUUACAGUGGCUGGAAUUUCCUCAACUAUGUCACAGAGGAGGUGGUGGAGCCACGCAAAAACCUGCCCCGUGCUAUCUACAUCUCCAUUCCACUAGUGACGCUUGUUUACACCAUGACGAACAUCGCUUAUUUUUCCUCCAUGACGCCUCAGGAGCUGCUGGCCUCUAAUGCUGUAGCAGUGACAUUUGGGGAAAAGCUGCUGGGCAUGUUUUCAUGGAUUAUGCCAAUUUCUGUGGCGCUGUCUACGUUUGGAGGAAUCAAUGGAUACCUCUUUACCUCCUCCAGGUUAUGCUUCUCUGGGGCGAGAGAAGGACAUUUGCCGUACCUGCUGGCUAUGAUCCAUCUGAAAAACUGCACUCCUAUACCUGCUCUGUUAGUCUGUUGUGCAGCCACUAUACUGAUCCUGUGCAUAGGUGAAACACAUAACCUCAUCAACUAUGUGUCCUUUAUCAACUACCUGUCUUAUGGAGUAACCAUCGCUGGCCUCCUAUACCUUCGAAAAACAAGACCCAAUUUGCAUCGUCCUAUAAAGGUGAGCGUGCUGAUCCCCAUUGCGUACCUGCUUUUCUGGGCCGUGCUGCUGUGUUUCAGCCUCUACUCAGAGCCUGUGGUGUGUGGUCUGGGCAUGGUCAUCAUGCUGACCGGGGUCCCUGUCUACUUUUUGGGAGUUCACUGGAAAAACAAACCAAAAUGGAUAUACACAGCAGUCGAGAAAGUGACAUAUGUGGGCCAAAAGAUCUGUUAUGUCGUAUUUCCUCAGGAAGACCCCUUAGAGACUGAACCCCUCACUUCCUCUAAAGGGGACUGAGCACUACAAAGUUUGACUUCUACUUCCACUUUUUGGACAGUCUCUCCUUUUAUAGAUAAACUGAUGUAUCCUCUCUUUGAUGGAGACAGUGAUGAAGCAGCCUAAGAAGAAAGGGUACUUUGAAGUAUUUGUACCAAGCUAUUGCCACACCAGCAUGCCAACUGUAUUUUUUAUUUUUUUAUUGCCACCACCACUCAAAGAACUAUCUGCUGUUUUCCAGGUUCACUCCUAUGAUUCCCUUUUAUGACUUUUAACUUGGGUUUAACCUGGGCUAAUGUGCCUUAUGAGAUAUCUACGUUGCUAUGAUGUCCUGAGUCGUGCGGGUAUUUUGCAAGCCAUUUCUGCACCUAACACUACAUUUCUAUUAUGGCUGCUACCUAAUGCUGUUCUCUGCUAAUGACUUUAUAAUUAAUGUGCAUUUGCUUGUCCAUUGCCUCUAAUUUAGACAUUUUCUUUUAGCUGCUCCAAAUAUGCAAGGUGCCUUCUUAAGCAGCUGACAUUUUUCUCUAGUUGUUAUUAUUGAAAGUAAGAGGCAGAAAAAUGAAGUGAAAAGUAGAAAAAUGAAUGCAUGUUCCUGCUUGUUGGCCUGGGGAACUUAUAUCCAAACAGAGUAAGCUGUGUAGUAAAAUACCUGGAAAGUGAUUAGAGCGUUUUUUUUAAACUGUUAAACACAUUUUUACAAAGUAGAAUCCUAGCUGUUAUCAGUGUAUUUGGAAAAGAUUAGACGAACAUUGUAAACAAUUUUGGCAGCAUAUUGUGUAAGUUAACGCCCUUGUUAUGAUGUAUGGUUGAAGUACUUGUUUUAGUGCCCAACCCAAUUUUUACCUCAGGCAACCUUACUUGAUAUAAUCUUGUAUAGUGCCUUACGUUUGACAUAUGUAAUCGCCUGCAGUUCAUUAUUCUAAAAAUGCAUUCAAUUUAAGUAAGACUAAGAGUUUAGUGUUACUUAUUUAUUCACCGGCCAAUCUGAUGUAACGUAAUGACUUGGCCUGCUGCCUAAUGUAAUGAGUCGAUGCCAGUUAUUGCCUAAUGUUCAGAUUCAUGUCAGUUCUGUCAGAACAGCUGACAUGAAGAAGCAAUCAGAGCCACAAUCAGAGCCGAAUCAUACUAACUUGGGGCCCUUGACAGCUGUUCCUUGUUUUAAACACUUUACAUAACUACUCACUGAAAAACUGAAAAACAAAUGUGGCAACUCCAUAUUUGCCAUCCGUUAAGUGCUUUUAUAAAACAAUGUUAUUAACCUUGCUGUUUUUUAUCCUUCUUGCUGUUUUUUAUCUUGCUGUUUUCCCAGUUUCCCUCUUCAGUGCUUGCAUGAAUAAAAAUGCAUAUAAUACAUGUUGUAUUAUAUGUAUUAUAACAAGUAAUAUAUUGAUAUGAAGAGUUUUUUUGUCAAGAAGCUACAUUAUUCUCUUGGUCUGAUGCUGGAUAUUAUUUUUGUGAAAAGACGCACACUACACUAUGGGCCUCAUUUAUCAAGUGUUUGCUCAUGUGCUAAACAGCUAAAGAAAAACCCAAUGCAAUUUCUCACAGAGACACUGCUGUCGAUUAAUGAAUAUGAAAAAUGGGUUGUUUUUUGCCAACAUGUGCAAAAUCUGAGCUGGAGGAAAUGCAAAUGAAGUUGUUUAGCAGGUGCUGCCAGAUUGAAUACAACUAUGAGAGCAAAAACUGUGAUAAUAUAGUACAUUGGAGAGAUGGUUGUAUAUUUUUUUGCACUGUUCUGAUGCCGCAGGCACGUGCGCGUUCAUACGUGUAUUUACACGAUCCAGGGACAUGCAUAAACAUUUUGGGGGGUAGGUGCUCAACCAAGAAAAAAGGCACUUUUCCCUAUUACUUAAAAUUAACAUAUCCAUGUUUUUUUUAAGUAAGCAAAUAUGAUUUUGCUUCAUUACAGAUUAUUCUUAGGUGUGCAGCUGCUGAACUUUUAGUAGAUAAAACCUCCUGCAUAUAAAUGCAUGAGCUGAAGGACCAAAAAGGUUAUUACAAAAAUGAUACAGAUAGAGCAAAAAAGGAUCAUGUGAGUGCUCCAGUGCACUGAGAGCAGCCACUGUCUGAGCUGCAGCCUCAUUCUGGGGCCGACUGUCAAAAAUAAAAACUGGCUAAAAAGCUUAGGUGGUGGAAACCAUUGUCAUGGAAUCUAAACAGUCUUUGAUUUGGCACUAUGUGCAGUUAAGGCACACAAACGGAGUCUGGAAACUGUGAAAGGCAGACGCACAAGAAAGAAGAGAGGGAGCAAAGCAAAAUCUUUAGAUAGUUUAUUGUUGAGUGUUUAAAACACAUUUUACACAUCUGCUGUCUUCAUGGGGCAAGUAUUAAACCUAAAAAUAUAUAUUGACCAGGAGGGCACUUAGGGGCAAUAGGAGCAGGUGCUUGAGCACCACCUGGACCAGGUGUGUCAAGCUCAAGGCCCGGGGGCCAAAUGUGGCCCGCCACUUUGUUUUAUGUGUUAAAUGUGUGCAUUAACCCUAAACUAAUGAGAUUUUCCCAACACAUGGAACUGAGAAAUAUUUUCAAACAAUGAUUCCAAAGUGUUCAGGAAGAGGAAAAUUGUAGGCAUGGAGGGCAGUUUCAAGAAAGGUGAAGGUGAAGACAAGAAAAACCUGUAUAUUUUUUGUGUUUCGAGGUGGGGUCGGUUGUGAAAGACACCAAACAUGGAGCUAAGUAUUCAAAAGUUAGUCAGUUUAUCAGAAGAUAUGCAGUUACAGAGACAUGUAAUAUUUGUAACUUGAAUAAGUAAUAAAUACAGGAACAGUUAUUUAACAAGUUUAAAAGUAGUUACAUUUAUUUUACGUGACAUUUAUACUGCCUCACAGUUACAUCUGGCCCUUGAUGGCAACCAUUUUGCUGAUGUGGCCCUCAAUGAAAAUGAGUUUGACGCCCCUGACUGGACUCUCUGUGUACGUCCCUGCUGUGAUCAUCAUACCGCGUUUAAGGCCAAAGCGAAAAGGAUAACGCUGGUAAACUUGCUGUUCAAAGAUUUCACCACUUCCUGUCAGACGUCCAUUGUGUUAUGUGUUAAGAACUAAAGGCAAAUACAGGUGGAUCAGAUUUUCAAAAUUGAUCAGAUUUUUUAAAUAAAAAUAAAAAAUUGGGACACAUAUAAUCUAAGGGGACUUCUAUCGGUGGAUUUUUUGGCUUAUGGUAAUUUUCAAGCAUGAUUUUCUGUAUUUUAGCGAAACAAACGUCAAUAUAUGGGCCCUUUACAUUUGGUGGGUAUUGGAUUGGUGUAGGAGUGGACCAUGUGAGGUUUCUUGUCCCGACCAUCAAAUUUUUGUUGACGGGCCUGUAUCUGGGGCAUUUCUUGUUUAAAACGGGGACACUUCAACAUUUCGAUAAACUCCAGGCAUGCAAACUUUUGCACUUGCUGAUUGCUCUCAUUUACAUGAGUCUUGCGGCAGGAAUAAUGCACACAUGCACACACAAGCACAUGGAUUGAUAACUGAGGCCCUUUAUCUGUGCCCCCAGCUGCUGUAAUCUACUCCAGAUUUGUAAAUAAACUGUACAGAGAACUGAGAACCACAUUCCUCUGUAUGUUGUGAUAUCUGUACAUACUGGAUAACAAUGCAAUAGAUGAAGUUAAUAAAUGCAU